UGGUUAGUUAGCUAGCCGCGAAAAGCUUAGUUGUGUACCCACAUUUUACAGGGUUUUUUUUUAAUUAUUGUGAAAAUACAGAGAGGACUGCGCAUUGCUGUUUGAUUACUGUCUUCUCCCGCCUGCGAGAAAGAAUAAUCGCCGGACCUUGUGUUUGCACGCAUCCCAAUGAUGAGUUAUGCUGAAAAGCCAGAAGACAUCACAAAAGAAGAGUGGAUGGACAAACUGAACAAUGUUCAUAUACAGAGGGCGGACAUGAAUCGGCUCAUUAUGAAUUACCUGGUGACAGAAGGAUUUAAGGAGGCAGCGGAGAAGUUUCGGAUGGAGUCUGGUAUCGAGCCAAGUGUGGACCUGGACUCUUUGGAUGAAAGGAUAAAGAUUAGAGAGAUGAUACUGAAGGGACAGAUACAGGAAGCUAUUGCACUCAUCAACAGCCUACACCCAGAGCUGCUCGACACCAAUCGAUACUUGUAUUUUCAUCUGCAGCAGCAACAUUUGAUUGAGUUAAUCAGGCUAAGGGAGACUGAGUCAGCACUGGAGUUUGCCCAGACACAGCUGGCCGAGCAGGGGGAGGAGAGCCGAGAGUGUCUGACAGAGAUGGAGAGGACACUAGCCCUUCUGGCCUUUGACAACCCGGAGGAGUCACCCUUUGGAGACCUGCUCAACAUGAUGCAGCGGCAAAAGGUGUGGAGUGAGGUGAACCAAGCUGUGCUGGACUAUGAAAACAGGGAGUCGACACCCAAACUGGCUAAACUGUUGAAGUUACUGCUGUGGGCACAGAAUGAGCUGGACCAGAAGAAGGUGAAAUAUCCCAAAAUGACUGACCUUAGCACGGGCACCAUCGAGGACCCCAAGUGAACAUAACAGAAAAGAACAACCACCUUCCACGUCUCCUUAAUUUAUGAUCAGUCAGUGACUGUGUGACAACCAGGUAACAUAUAUGUAUAAACAAAUUCUACGUUGUUUUUUCAUGUUUCAUUCAUGAGAAGUAAGACUUAACUCAUUGUGCAAACUGUAAAUUGCUGUAUUUGCAAAGUGACAGAAAUUAUUUAGUUUAAAUACUGAUCCUGGAUUUUUAGAAAGGUCUUGGACACAACAAAAUUAAAAUCGCUGUUUUAUAUUUUGUCUUUCUAAAGCCUAAGCCAGUUGUAUUAUUUAUUGUGACCUCUUUUUCCCACCGAGAUGUUAUUUUGCCAGGAAGAGAGUUGAUGGUAUAUAUAUAGAUGGUUCAAACUUUAAAACAGCAGAUAUACAAUUACCCUUUUUAAUGAAGAUAUGUUAAGAUUGAGAUGACACACUAAUCUUAAUUAAAUUAAAAUCGAAAUUUCUUACACAAAAUGUGAAUAUUUUUCAAUGAAAUGGAAAGAUACACUUUUAAUGUAAUAUAAUUUUAAUUAAUAUAAUAUUUUACAGUUUUAUUUAGUAUGAUGUUUGAAAAUUUCCUAUAAAAUCAACCAUUUGCUUUCUACACCUUGAAAUUUGAUUGUACCUUUACAGUAUGUCUAUGGAAUGAACUGCCUUGUAAAAUGAUCGUUUCGCAUGUGUGCUUGAGGAGGUAAAAUAUGGCCUGACUGACAGGUUGAAAUCAGAGAUGGCUUUCUUACUGAGUGGAGCCCCCAGCAUGUUCCAAAUGGUCGUGUUUGGUUUUAUGUUAUAGGGGGCUGAGGUCAUGAUAAUCUUCUGCCAUUCUCAGUGAUGGAGGCAGGAUUUAUACGCUGCUCCAGGAAUAAAUGAGGGGGACUGUUAUGGCUGUUUUCUGGUUUAAACUCUCAUAUUUAAAAUCCAGUCAUCUGAGAAAUGAUUUUGUUCAUUGGCUUUGUUUUAAUAAUUAAUAACAAUGAUCAAAAGCAUUGAAUUUUUGAGUCUGAACUGGCCGCUCACAGAACCUGCUGUCCAUUUUGCCACUUGCCAAACCAUUAGUAUUUUCACUUUAACUGCAUGUAAGUGUAUCCUUUUUUUUCAAUGGGGGAAAGGCACUUUGUUCUUGUUUAUUUUUUUUGGUUGGUUUACUUUUAUAAAAAAAAAAACAAAAAAAAAACAAACUUGCUGCUAGUCGUCCAUUCUUAACUUCUUUUAAGGUUGUGUUGUCUUUAUAGACAUUGGCUUUGACAAAACAAUGAGACCCAGAGAGCUCACAUCCCUUUUAUUAUUCAACAUUUUUAUGAUCAGAUUUGCAAUUAUUAAAAUAAACAAAACUUUUGUGA